CCGAUACCUCGCCGAACCUAAGGCUGUCUCCGUCUGCGCGUGAACGAGUAAAGAGAGAGGGUUGAGGGAGACGGAGGAAAACGAGUUGAGUGAGGGAAGAGCAGGGUAGGACAGUGAGAUUUGAGCACGCUGCCCAGAAUCCCAAAAUUGCGGUUUGCAGUUGAACGGAAGUCAUUGAAGUAUGAUUUUAUUCGUAGGGUUGGAUUGGAAAGCCUGAAACAGGUAAACAAUAGAACAAGUAUCACCUGAAGAUUCUGGGGCUUUACAACUUGGCAAGAGUGUACUUGGGCAACUGCAAGAUGUUUCAGGGAGAAGCUGAGCGUGAUAUUGAGGCUGCUGCACAAGAUGCUGUGCUGCGUGAACAAGAGAUGGCGACGUUGCAAGUAAUUCAAGGACAGAGCCGAGCUGCAAAGGAUUCGGCGUUACCAAUUGAUGAUCGCAGAGAUGUCCUAUCUCAGAGACAUGAUUCAAAUGCUUUGAAGGAAACUCUGUUGAAAAUGGCCACUGAACACCGAGCAGAAAUUGCUUCAAAACGUGGGAAGUUUACCACUACAGAUCAAGGAAACAUAGAUAUUGGCAAUGGAUAUGGUGUGCCUGGUGGUAGUGCACACUAUGGCUCUGCAAACCCAUUAACAUAUAAUCCUACUUCUGGAGGACAACAUGAAAGCAGAUGUCUGGACAGCAAGAACAUCAGUGCUGAGUCUUUCAAACUAUCAGAAGAAAAGGUUGAACAGAGAGAGUUGCCUGAAUAUCUGAAACAAAAGUUAAAGGCUCGUGGCAUUCUUAAGAAUGAUGGUGCAGAACCUGAAAAAAAGGUUGUUGUUGCUGAAUCAACCACUGCAUCAACUCAUGUGCUUCCUGCUGGUUGGGUUGAAGCCACAGAUCCAAGUGGUUCCAUAUACUAUUACAAUGAACACACUGGGAAAAGCCAGUGGGAACGUCCAGUGAAAACUGAAGCUUCUCCACCAGCAGCUCCAAGUUUACCGCCAGAUUGGGAAGAAGCAUUAGACAGUUCAACAGGCCAAAAGUACUACUACAAUAAAAGGACGAAUGUUUCACUGUGGGAACCCCCUAGCUUAGAUUAUCAAGCUGUGCAAUCAACUGACACCCAAACAAGUUCCAAGGAUGGACAUACUAUAGGUGGAGAUAUUCAGUCGUCAUUGUUCAAAAGAUGUGCAGGUUGUGGGGGAUGGGGACGAGGACUUGUUCAAAGGUGGGGUUAUUGCAAUCAUUGUACAAGGCUGCUGAACCUUCCUUAUCAACCAAGUGGGCCAACUACAAACCAUCAUCAGGAAAAUACUAGAGUCGUAAAAGAAGAUGUCAGUAAAAAUAUAUCAAAACAAGGUUUAAAUUCCAGACUUCCACCAAGAAAAGGCAACAGGAGAGACUAUAAGAAACGUGCUCAUGCUGAUGAAGAUGAGUUGGAUCCGAUGGAUCCAAGCUCUUAUUCAGAUGCACCACGUGGUGGCUGGGUAGUCGGUCUGAAAGGAGUCCAACCACGAGCAGCAGAUACAACAGCUACUGGCCCUCUUUUCCAGCAGCGCCCUUAUCCAUCACCUGGUGCUGUACUGCGUAAGAAUGCUGAAAUUGCAUCACAAACAAAGAAGUCAAGCACCCAUUUUGCUCCCAUCUCUAAGAAAGGUGAUGGAAGCGACGGACUUGGUGAUGCAGACUGAGAUGUUAAAUGGUCAGAUUGGUGUACAAACUUCUACAUGCACUGGUAACUGAAGCAGCUACAUGACAGGCUUGUUAGCUUGAGCUGACCUUUGUAAAGUAGUAUAGCUUCUGUUGUCCUCUUGCAAUUUUGGCAUUCCUGUGUAUUCCGUACACGAUGAUCUAUUUUAAGCAUCUGUUGCAUAACAAAUGCGAGGUCAGCAUUCAGUUCAAGUUGGACACAUAGCAUGGAAAAGCCUGGACGGGACGCCAGUCUGCUGAGCUUUCGAGUCUACACUACCUGUUUUUAGUUGCUAUGAGGUUCCUCUCCCAGUUUACCUCUGUAAUCUCUUGUAGCUUGAUCACAAGUAUCACAGUUAUGGCAUCUGAAACUUUCAAGCAUCAAGAACGUGUGGAAACCCUGGGAGGCUUUGCCACGAGCUUUAGUAGUUGAACUAUGGGUUUCUUUCUACCUUUACCCCCUUUUGUGGGAAGAAAUGAAGGAUUUUGUUCAUA